AUUAAAACGUCACUUCCGGCAAGGUCCAGUUCCACAGUGAUCCGAACUUACGUCGGAAGAAGGAUACAUAUAUGCCUUAUUUUUAUCUGUGGAGCUACCUUUUACAACAUUGACUCAUAUUCUACCGGUUGUAACAAUUCCAAGUUUGACUACGAUUAAAGUUUCUUAACGCUCAUCUGUAUUUUCGCUUCUGGUUGCUGAAGGUAGCAAAUAUGUCGGCAGAUCUGGACCUGUCUCCUCCUGAAGUCCCAGAGCCAACUUUUUUAGAGAGCCUACUGCGGUACGGGCUGUUUCUUGGCGCCAUCUUCCAGCUGGUCUGCAUCCUGGCCAUCAUUGUCCCAACACCCAAAGGGCAUGAAAAGGAGGAGAGCGAGACCACGAACGGUAAGGUGGCCGAGCAGACAAAGAAACCGAAAGGACCAGUGCCUCAAAUUCGACCGAAAUCAAAGAAGGAAAGCAAGAAGAAGCGAUAAAUGUGUGUCUGUGUGUGUGUGUGUCGUUACUAACUUGUCAACUCGUCACAUUUUAGCCAGUAUUCCUUAUUAGUAUCAUCAAACACUAACCAUCACUGUCCUAUUAUUGCAUUUCUUUUUAUCAACUGGAUGUUUGUCUGUCUUUCUGUGUUGGCCCUGCGUUGAGGUGGCCACUUGUCCAGGGUGUACCCUGCCUUACGACACCAAAAGGGACAAGUGGUAGAAAAUGGAUGGAUGAAACUUUGCAAAUAAAUACAUUGUUGUCGUAA